AUGACAGCAUACUCUUCAUGUGCAAUGUCAUUUCUGUUUGAAAUCAUGGAAAAUGGAAACAUCACAUCUGGUUUCAUUCUCCUAGGACUGCUUAACCACACCAGAGCCCACCAAGUUCUCUUUGUGAUGAUUCUAACUAUUGUCUUCACCUCCCUAGUGGGCAAUGCCCUCAUGAUUCUCCUGAUUCACCAGGACCACAGGCUCCACACACCCAUGUACUUCCUCCUGAGCCAACUCUCCCUCAUAGACAUGAUGCUGGUUUCUACCACGAUGCCCAAAAUGGCUGCUGACUACCUGACUGGACAGAAGUCCAUCUCCAUUGCUGGCUGUGGCUUGCAGAUUUUCUUCUUCCUCACUCUGGAGGGUGGGGAGUGCUUCCUCUUAGCUGCCAUGUCCUAUGACCGCUAUGUGGCUGUGUGCCACCCACUACGGUAUCCCAUUCUCAUGAGCUGGCAGUUAUGUCUGAGAAUGACUUUGGGGUCUUGGCUCCUCGGAGCAGCUGAUGGGCUCAUGCAGGCAGUUGCUACCUUGACCUUCCCAUUUUGUAGUGGACGUGAGAUUGAUCAUUUCUUCUGUGAGGCCCCUGCAUUAUUGCAAUUGGUUUGUGGGGAUACGUCUGUGUUUGAGUAUCUCAUGUACAUCUGCUGUGUGCUGAUGCUCCUGAUUCCAUUUUUCCUCAUCUUGACAUCCUACAGUCUCAUCCUCACUGCUGUCCUCUGCAUGCAUUCCACGGAAGCCUGCAAGAAAGCCUUUGCCACCUGCUCUUCACAUUUGGCUGUGGUGGGCCUCUUUUAUGGAGCUGCCACUUUCAUCUACAUGAGACCCAAAUCCUACAGGUCAGCUAACCACGACAAGGUUGUGUCAGCAUUCUAUACCAUCUUCACCCCUGUGCUGAACCCCCUCAUCUAUAGUCUCAGGAACAGUGAGGUCAAGGGCGCUCUGAGAAAGUGUAUUGCCCGCUGUGCUCUUUAA